UUCAACCAAUCUAGAAUGGAGAGUGAAGCCAAACAUGUUAUUAAGCAGAAGAAGAACAUUGAUGUCUUAGAUAUCCUGGGUGAAACUCUAACCAUCUAUUUCAAAAACAUAAACUUCAUCAUCUUCACUUUACUCACUUCACUUCCUUUCUUUUUUCUCAUGGUUUACUUCGAAACAUUGUUCCAACAAACUCUUGUUCAAACUCCAAAAAUCAUCUUACCUUUACCUUUCCAUGAAAGAAAUCAACUUCGUUUCUAUUCAGUUAUUGAUAUUUAUAAUGGCCCAAGUUUUAGCAAAGACUAUCUACCUCUUUUGAUUCAACUUGGAUUUAUUUACACUAUCCCUCUUCAUUUCCUAGAAUUCUGUUCUAAAGUAUUAACUAUGGAUUUAGCUUCAAAGCUUAUAAUAAAUUCAGAAGAAAACCCCAAAAUGAGUCUCAAACACAUGUUUCAAAAUUCAAUUGAUGUGUCAACCAUGAAAGGAACAUUUAUCACUUCUUUGUAUACACUUGCAUUAUCAAAUUGUCUUCUUAUUGCAUUUCCAUGGACCGUGAGCAAUUGUUUCAUUUUUACUAGAUGGUGCUACAUAAUUUUUGGAUCAAUUUGUUUUAUAGCUGUUGGAAAAUUGUUGAUGAUAUAUUUGGAAUGUAGUGCUAUAUGGAAUAUGAGUAUUGUGGUAUCAGUGUUGGAGGGUAUUUAUGGUACUGGAGCGUUAAAAGGAUCUUAUUAUUUCAGCAGUGGUAAUCAUAAGAGAGGACUUGUUAUGAUGCUUGUUUUCUUUGUUUUUGGUGGUGUUUUGAGGUUAAUGUGUAUCUACUUUGAAUGCUAUAAAGGAGGGAGUGGAAUUUUUAUACAAAUUGGGAUCCUUACUUGAAAAUAAUUCAGAAGUUGUUUUACUACACCUAAUGGAAUUGAUUCAAAAUCUUGUAAAAACCUUCAAUUUUUAUUUAAAGAAAUAGUGUGAAGAUUAAUUGGAAUUGAAAUUUAAUGGGUGAAGUUUUCACCAAGUUUUUCUGAUCAAUCUUCAAUCAAAAAUUAAGUUGUUGUCAGAGAGAGAAGAAGGAGAGGAAUCGCAGGAGUGAGAGGAAGGGGAAUGGAAUGGAAUGGAUGGAGGUGUGUAAAAAUUAAUCGUUGUUAUAAUCGUUGUUAUCUCCAGUCUCCACCUCAUGUAUGGGGUCAUUAUUAAAUAUUUUAUUAAAUAAAUGUUUAAUAGCGAUUAGAUAA